CCGCCUCACUCUUUGCAGGACGUCACCGCGGACUGCAGGGGCCUGAGCCGCUGCCGCCGCCGCCUCUGCCCCUGUCGCGCAGCCCCACAUCAACGCAGGGGGCCCCGUCACCACCGCCGCCAAAAAGUCGCUGCCGCUAGGGUCGCCACCGCAUCGGUGCAGGGCAAGCCUUUCAAGGUCACGGCCCGCCCUUUGCCAUGGGUCCCACCAUUAGUACUGGGGCUCCUGACGAGUUAAAGAUGGCAUCCGCCACAGACUCACGCUAUGGGCAGAAGGAGUCCUCGGACCAGAAUUUCGACUACAUGUUCAAGAUCCUCAUCAUUGGCAACAGCAGCGUGGGCAAGACAUCUUUCCUAUUCCGCUAUGCAGACGAUUCCUUCACGCCUGCCUUCGUCAGCACUGUGGGCAUUGACUUCAAGGUCAAGACCAUCUACCGCAACGACAAGAGGAUCAAGCUGCAAAUCUGGGACACAGCAGGGCAAGAGCGGUACCGGACUAUUACCACAGCCUACUACCGGGGUGCCAUGGGCUUUAUCCUCAUGUAUGACAUUACCAAUGAAGAGUCCUUCAACGCUGUGCAGGACUGGUCGACCCAGAUCAAGACGUACUCGUGGGACAAUGCCCAGGUGCUCCUGGUGGGAAACAAGUGUGACAUGGAGGAUGAACGGGUGGUGUCGUCGGAGCGUGGCCGGCAGUUGGCUGACCACCUUGGCUUUGAGUUCUUUGAGGCAAGCGCCAAGGACAACAUCAAUGUCAAGCAGACCUUUGAGCGCCUGGUAGAUGUCAUCUGCGAGAAGAUGUCUGAGUCCCUGGACACGGCCGACCCUGCAGUCACCGGCGCCAAGCAGGGCCCGCAGCUCACGGACCAGCAGGCGCCUCCACAUCAGGACUGCGCCUGCUGAGAGCUGCCUCCGGCCCCAUCCCGGCCCCACCCCUGCCCACCCCCUGGGCCCGAUCCAGCUCCCACUGGCCCAGGGUGUGAGAACCCCCCUGCCCCCAACUUAGCCCCUCACCCUUAUUUAUUAUCGUAGUUAUUUAUUUAUUUAUUGGAGAUGUCCCCCAGGGGCUCAGGCUCCCCACCCACCCCUUGUCCCGUCCUGUACAUACAGCCCUGUCCCCACCCUGUUGUGGCGUGGCGUGGCCCUGUGAACUCACCACUCACCCUCCUCUCAAGACCCCACCUUUUUUAAAAUUCACCCCCAACAACAGUUACCGGUUUUGCAGAGGGGGCCCGAUGACCCCUCCCCCAGGGCAGGCUGAUUGGGUGAUGGGAGGUAGUCGGGUCUACCAGCCUCUCGGCUGUGACACGGUGGGCCAAGGCCACUGUGGGGGUCUCAGCAUGGACCAUGGGGUGGAUAAGAGCCAGGUAAUGGCCCGCCUGGCUCCUCACCCCCAAAGUUUUACCCUUAUUUGGAGGUGAGGGCUGCUGUGGGUACUCGCCACCCUGGGGACCCCCCCCAACACCAGACCUGUUCUGACGUCAUGAGUGUCAAUGUUCCCCCCAGAUCCCCAGGAGAUGUCAUGACAACACUACACACACCCAAUAAAGUGAAUGGAUGACACCGUG